CGGUGAAUAGACAGAUGGAUGACAUGGUGAAUUGUCCUGAGGCUGUUUUGGACGGAAAGGAUUCAAAAGCCUGUAGUGCGACUUCGAUUACUGACUCAUUAAUGUAUCAGUCUGGUAGCGGCGGCGUACGGGUCGGUUCGGAAGACUAGACUUGUAUGAAAAAAGCACCUGCUGAUCGAUUUUUUUUUAUAUAUGUAACACUUCUUCAUGAAGUUGCCGAGAUGUUUGCGUGAUUGGUGGGGCUGGACAGUCGUCGUGCUCGCCUCCCUGCAGCUUGCGCUGGCUUUAGGACCAGCAUUUAACUACCACAUCUACCUGCUCAGUUUUCAGAAGGAGUUCGGAACAAAUACGGCAAUUACAGGAUGGGUGGGUUGCGUGGCUCACUCCCUUAUGUGCCUCGGAAGCAUACCAGCAGACGCCCUCAUUCGGCGGUUGAGCCCACGGACGGUCAUUCUGGUGGGAGUGUUGCUGAACUGCGGGGGGUUCUUCGCUACCGCCUUCGUGCCGUCACUGGGAUACGCGUUCCUGACGUACGGGGUGGCCGUGGGGCUUGGCACCAGCUUCAUUCUUCAAGCCGGGUUCACACUGAUUCUGCUAUGGUUCCCGACACGGUACUGCGCACGGGCAUCCUCCAUCAUCGUGAUUGGUACACCGUGUGGUACGUUAAUCUCCGGACCAGUACUCAACACGUUGAUAUCGGCAUACGGCUGGCGUCACGCCUUCAUGAUGGCAUCUAGUGUCAUCUUCAUCAUCAGUUUCUUAGCCGGACUCUUCAUGACUACUCCCCCGCCUGUGCCAGACUUGAAACUCCGGGAGGCCGAUAUGGGUUCACCAGAAACGGAGCUGCAACCUAUUGGGUUGCACCCGGACGACAAACUCCAAGAGAUCGGUGAGAUGAAGGAUGGCUCGCCAUCACCAACCCCGGCUUCGGUCCCAUUCUACCGGCAACUAGCACCCUGGCUCAUGGCCAUAGGAGUCGCUGUCGGAACUGCGGCGUGGACUUUCCACGCCAUAAAUCUGGCGAGUUUCAUGGACAGCAUCGGUCUAAGUGAUGGCGAUCUCUCGCUGGCCGUAGUAGUUCUCUCGCUCGGCCAGAUCACGGGCAAGAUUCUGAUUGGGAUCUUCGGCGAUUCGCUGCCGUUCCUGAGACUGUAUCUCGUCGCCGCUUCGUUCAUCGUCGGGGCUGUCCUUUCUGGUUUUCUGAUACUGACAUCGACCUUGCCGCCCAUGCUGGCACUGGCGUAUUUUUUCGGGAUGUCCCGAGCUGGAUUUUUUGCCACUUACGUUUCGUCUUCCAUGGAGAUUUUCAACCACUUCGGGCUCAGUGUUGUCACAUUGCUGGUGCAGAUACCGUUUGGAAUUGGGGUUCUGAUAAGUGCUCCACUGGCCGGUGGUUUGUACGACUUCACAGGAGACUACACCCUCAGCCUGGUAGCCAUAGUGGGUCUUCUCGGGUUAGCAGCUGGUUGCAUACUACUCAUUGCAAUCCAACGGAGAAUAAGGUGCAGAACCAACGAAAAAGACAUCAAUGCCGUCAUGAACGAGACUAAAUACGCACCAAUACAAAGCACAGACAAAGUCGCGGUAGUUUAGGGGUGCUUUAUACGUCCUGCCUUGGUCUAAGAGUAUCAGUGGGCUCUCACGCAUUUUUACAUGAGAUUCUGGGGUUUAAAGGAAAGAACACUGCCAAUAUGUUACCUACAAUUUUCAAAAUAAUAGGGAAUCCUGUACCCCAUUGGCAGAUUACAUCCCUGCCAGAUUUUGCUUUCUCCCUGAUUUUCUUGUGGGAUGGAUUCAUGUUAGCUGCGAGGAUGGUUUUGAGGACUGGAAGCUUUUAAACAUAGGACAUUUUCUGAAAUUUAAGGGAUUACAGAUAUCUAGGAUUUGGAACCUUCCUGCAAACUUCUCACCACUUUCCAAGCACAAGAGAAUUCGCCUCAAUUUGUCAGAAUUUUGUACAUAAUUAUGUGACCUUAUGAGGUACCGGGAACAAAGGGCUACAAUAGGGACAAUGGGACACCAAAAGCCGGUCUUUAGAGAUCUCAGUACCCAAAAAAUAAAGGCAAUUUUAGAUUUCAAUCGAAACAUAUAGGAGAGCAGUAUGGAAGUAAAGGUCUACAGUAAUGGUAUCCCAAGCUGUGUUUUGUUAAGGGGAGGAGUUAACCCCUUAUACUGUGAGUUGUUUUCCCUCCCUUAACCCUCUGGGGAUGUCCAUUACCAGACUCUUGUUAGAUGAAGAUACAAAGAACAAUUCAAACCGGUAGGUUUUAGGGAACGCAUCCGCAUCCGAUUAUCAGAGUCUGUGAGGUGACGGCUGAAGCCAUCCUCGUCUCCAUGGCGUCGACCAGUAUGCUCCCUCUAGUUGUUCUCUCACCCU